CCCAGAAGAUUAUUUAAAUCACUCAAAUUAAAUGUACGCUUGUAAAGUAAAGAUUAAAUAGAGAUUAUUGAAUACAUUUGACAAUAAUUAAAGCCAAAACAUAGUAUUUACAAAUUGAAAUAGAUCAGUAUUUAUUUUCAUAUUUACAAAUUUACUCACUCAGAUUUCCUCAAAUAUUGUUAGUUUCGAUUCGCAAAUCGACUCAUCUGUUAUUUAUUCGAUUAUAAAUCGUUCAAAAUGAGUUUCGAUUCGAAUUCGUCGGCCAAACGGCUGAACAUCGAAAGAGCUACCAACUUCAUGAGGCAGUUCCGAGACCCUGACUCCAGGGAGCUGAAGAAACUGUCUGCUAACCAGUUCAUGGAGGUGUGGAGCCAUUACGAUAGAGAUGGUAACGGCUACAUCGAAGGCACCGAGCUGGACGGUUUCCUCAGAGAAUUUGUCUCCAGUGCCAACUUCACCGACAUCAGUCCGGACGCGGUAUCCGACUCCAUGCUGGUGGAACUCAAGGCGUGCUUCAUGGAGGCGUAUGACGACAACCAGGACGGAAAGAUUGACAUCAGAGAGCUUGCCCAACUGCUGCCCAUGGAGGAGAACUUCUUACUGCUCUUCAGAUUCGACAACCCCUUAGAAUCUAGCGUCGAAUUUAUGAAAAUUUGGCGGGAAUACGACACGGACGGCAGCGGCUAUAUUGAGGCCGACGAACUUAAGAAUUUCCUCCGAGACCUGCUGAAAGAGGCGAAGAAAAUCAACGACGUUUCAGAGGACAAGCUCAUUGAGUACACUGACACAAUGCUACAAGUUUUCGACUCUAAUAAAGACGGUAGACUGCAACUAUCUGAAAUGGCCAAAUUGCUGCCAGUCAAAGAGAACUUCCUCUGCAGACAAGUGUUCAAGGAGGGCAUAGAGGGGGCAACUAAACUUACGAAAGAUGACAUAGAAAGGGUAUUCUCACUUUAUGACAGGGACAACAAUGGAUCCAUAGAAAACGAAGAGCUGCGAGGAUUCUUGAAAGAUCUUUUAGAGUUAGUAAAAAAGGAUUACGACGCGCAAGAUCUUCUAGAAUUCGAAGAAACUAUCCUCCAAGGGGUUGAAUACAGUAGCGACGGCAAAAUCAGCCGGAAGCAGCUCACCAUGAUCCUUCUAGCGCUCGCCAAGCACCAUCAAGAAGAAGAGCCGACCGAAGAAGCUUCGUAAGCGUAUCCGAACGCGUACAUCAGUCCGUCCCGAAUAUCUGAACGAAUUUCUAGUGUUGCGACAUCUUAAAAAGAAUUAGGAUUUUUUGUUAACUUUGCAUUUUUUCUCUGUGGUUUUGUUGGUGGAAUUUUCCCGCGCAAACACUUUGUUACCUACCACUUUAAAAAAAUUAUACCUGCGGCUCCGCGGAGUUUUGUUUUAAAAUACACCAUUUUUUAUUGUUAUUCUUGCUACAUAAUCACGUAACAUUUAACAAAUUUUGCUAUUUUGGAGUAAGUAAUUAAUUAGCUAAGCGGAGAAAAGUUUCAGAAAGCUUUUAUAUUGCGUAGAAAUUAUAUCCGACAUUCGCGGAGCCAAAACGCAGACAAAUCAAGCAGUUCAUUGGGUCAGCUUUUAGUAACACAGAUUUCACGUAACGAAUGGGGAAAAAUACUCAAAAAUACUAGAAAAUACUAGAAAAUACUCAUUAGAAAAACUUUUAUCAAUUUUAAAGCCAAAUCAAAUGCCAAAUAUUUAAAUUAGCUGCGCAAUCACAAAGUUGCGAAUAUUUUCAUAAGUCGUUUAAACGGAAUGCUACCUAGAUUUUAACGUACAUUUUUGAUAUCACUACGAUCCCACAUAUCACACCAUUUCCCUGAUACUUACACCAAUUUUAAAACAAUCUUCAAUCUUUAUUAAUUACUAUAAUAUUAAAAAUUAAAUUCAGACCGCUUUCGAUCGCCACAGUGAUACGACUUUCUAACAACAUUCGUGUCACUUAAAACGACAGCAAAUCAAAUUAAACUAUUAUUGCACUAAAAAUAAAUCACUUUGCAUGUCUUAAACUUUCUAAAUAAAUGUGGUGGAAAAUGUGCUCAAAUAUCUCGAACUGUGGCGAUAUCCCUAAUAAAAAAAUUAAAAAUUCACAAAAGAAAAAUAUAUGACCAUCAUGUCAUUUUGAAUUAAUUACCUACCUACUCUUUACACUUCCAAAAAUCAUCUUAACGAUCAAUAAAAACUUUAAAGUUCCUAUAAUUCUUAGAUCAAAACUUCUCAGGACUUAGCGAUAGGCUGUACUUUUGAAUUACAACUACUCAAAUAAAAAAUAAGUGCAAACAAUGUAAUACCUGACGUUAAUAAUGAAAAACUGUUGAUUGUAAAUAUAAUUAUGGUGUUUUAAAAAAUGCAUUUUAUUCUGCACUGAAAUUGAAAGAUAAUAAAAAAUUUAUUAGCUACUUAAAACCAUUUUUGUGUAAAAAAAAGUGUAUUUUACCCAGAUAAACUUGUAAUUUAUUUUUCCCUGUCAUGUCAUUUGGAACGUAGAUUUUAUAUCCUAUAGAUUCGGUGUAGCUUUAAAAUCUUUAAAUGUCUUUGCUUCAAAAUGGUGUGGCUAGCUGGGUAGAGAAAUGCACAUAAUUGUCUAAAUAAAUAGUUCCCUGAUAUUUUAUGUACUAUUAUAACAUUAAAUUCAAUUAACACAGCAUUUGUAUCAUUAUUUUUUAAAGAAAAAAGUUAAGAUAAGCAAGUAUUCCUCAUUUAUUGAUGUCGUUAUUUUCGUCUAUAACUUUGUAUAGCUUUGGUGUUAUAAAUUAUUGUAAUUAUUUAUUUACACGUAGAUCACAUGACUGUAUUUUAUUAAGAGUUAUAACUUUAUGAAGUUGCGAAUACAAUGAGGUAGAUUGUAGCUACUGCAUUUCGCAAUCUGCAACUCUGUGGCGUUAUAGCAUCAUUGUGUGUAUAUUCGUAAAUAUUUUUAUAUCGAGUGAAUGUUAAAUUAAUUAUUUAAUUAUUACCUAUACGUUAUACUUAGUCUGUUUAAAAUCACAUUUAUUUUCGUCGACAUAACGUCGCGUUUCUGCCAUUUUAUUUCCUUAAAAGUAAAGUAGGUACCUAUUCUUUUUAAUUAAUUUAAUUUUUAUUAACCUAAUAAGUUCUUAAUUUUUUUGGUAAUAAUAAGUUUUUUAAUUAUCACACUUUUCAAGUUUAUUCACCUUCCUUUUUGAAUUUACUUAUUUAUUAGUGGUCUAAAUCGGUGUUGUGAUAAAAUAAUGUAGCUUUAACAAACUACCGAAAUAUGCACAAAUUGUAUUUAUUCUUUCUAGUCAAGAUGUAAGAUAUUUAUGAUGGAAUGAUAAUAAUUAUGUUGAAAUUAUACGCCAAGUGUAACUUUGCAUUUCUACGUCAUCUUUAGUCUGUUAUGUCAUGAAAAAAUUAAUCCUUCAUAACUUUCUGUCCACGUGAUUUUUUAAUUAAAACUGGAUAAUAAGUACAUGAGUACUUAUUGUGUUAGUUAUUUGUCGUUAUGAAUGAAAUUGAUGGUUAUGUAAGAGUACCUAUAAAAUAUUUAUGUCGCAAAAACGUUUACUUAGGCCUCUAAAAUUAUUUGUAUUGAGCCCGGCACGUGUUAAUGUUGGAUAAGGUGUUUGUUAUAAAAUGUUUAUAUUUA